UCUCGCGAUACCUUACCCUGGGCGACCGACCGUAGGAUUACAACAGGGACCGUCGCUAUGACUUCCGCGCUGGAAAACUACAUCAACCGUACCGUUGCUGUGAUUACUUCAGAUGGUCGAAUGAUUGUGGGAACUCUCAAGGGCUUUGAUCAGACAAUCAACUUGAUUUUGGAUGAGAGCCAUGAAAGGGUAUUCAGUUCUUCACAAGGAGUGGAACAAGUAGUAUUAGGAUUAUACAUUGUAAGAGGAGAUAAUGUAGCUGUAAUUGGAGAAAUAGAUGAAGAAACAGAUUCAGCCCUUGACUUGGGAAAUAUUCGAGCAGAACCUUUGAACUCAGUUGUACAUUGAAAGAGAAAAGACAAGGACUGCUGUACAGAAUUAUUUAUACAAUGGCAUGGCUCCUUUUUAAAGUUUAUGUAAUUUAGAUCAUUUAUAUUUCUUAUUUUUUAACUGU